AUGAAAUGUGUUAUGAGAUUUGGACAAAAAGGAAAGUUGAAUCCAAGGUUCAUUGGACCUUUUGAAAUAUUAGACCGAAUUGGAAAAGUGGCCUAUAAAUUGGCACUGCCACCAGAGUUGUCGGAUGUACAUGAUGUAUUCCAUGUGUCUAUGUUGAAGAAAUACAUUCCUGAUUCCAGUCACGUGUUGAAACAUGAAGUUAUCCAGGUGGACAAAGACCUUACCUAUGAGGAAAAACCUGUCCAAAUCUUGGAUCGAAAGAAUAAGGUCUUAAGAAAUAAAGAAAUACCUUUGGUCAAGGUAUUGUGGAGAAGAGAGACAAUAGAAGAGGCUACGUGGGAGCGUGAAGAUGAGAUGAAAGCUAAAUAUCUCGAUUUAUUCUAG